AUGACGGUGAAUGUACGGAAAAUGAGCGGAAAGCCGAAGAUUGCGAUGUUGAAUAAUGAGAAGGCUCAUUUCAGAUUUGAACGCUUGAACUGCCUUCUGGGAAAGUCAGGAAAACCCGAAAUUUUACUACAGCAUUAUGGAAAGUGCAGUGUACCCGCACCAGCUUCAUCUGAAGAUUUGCCGGACACUGCGGAGGGUAGCGGUACUGUCAGCAGGAAGGAGACCGCGAUUGAAAUUGACAGCAAAGAUUCUGAACUGCUUAAACCGGCAGUUAAGCAGCCGAACAACGUACACAGCGGUGACGCAAAGCUUCGCCAUGCAGCCCAUGAUAGACGAGCUGUCAGGGCGAGAGCGAUACCGUCGCUGUUCGCCGAUGAUGCUGACAUCAUUACCCAGUCCGAGCAAUUGGAACAAGCCGAAACCGUUCUGAACUCAUUCGAGAGGGAUCUACCUGUGCUGCCAAGUGCCGAUGACGUUCUAUAUCCGGCCACGAUCACAGAUGAACUCUUGGCCAGGCUCAGGCUGCCAUCAAUCACUGAAGAUUCGGAAGAAGAUGACUCAGAGUCAACGUAUUCCACAGCCCCACCUGUGAUUUCGGGCUCCUCUGUCCUACAGCCAUUCGACUUGACUCAACCUUGCUCAGCAGCCGAAUGUGACAAGACCAGAAAUCCCGUGUGUGACUCGAAUAAUCGGACCCACAAAAACAUGUGUUUGUUCAAAUUCUUCGCUUGCAAGGUUCAUAGAAUGGACGGUACCGUCGUCGAGCUUGCACAUAUGGGUGAAUGCAAAGAUGGUGCAAAAACGACCCAUGACUCACUUUGCGCAUUUGCUCGAUUCAAUUGCAUGCAGAAAGUAUUAGCUGAGGAUGAAAGAGUUCUUAUCCAUGUUGGACGUUGUCAUGCCAGAAGUCUCGGAUUCAAGUUGGAG